AGCGCCUGCCUGCCAGAGUCCGGGAAUCAGCAUUUGGAGGCUCGCUCGCGUAGGAUUUUUGAUACGUGGUUGCUGUUUCGCCGGUAAAUAAUGUUAAAUUUUCUCUAAACCACGCUGCUUUUGUGUGUUUUUACUAGGGAAAAGUGUAAUAGAUUUAGGAUUGGUGAGGUUUCUACAAUCAAAGGCAGAUUAUAAUGUUGGUUACGGAAUAUGUGCAACUGGCCCUGCUCUUCGGAUCUGGAUUCAUUUUCUUCCUGCUGAUAGUGACAGGAAUUAUACUAAAAAUUACGACCACACCCUUCCCGGUCAUAAAACGUCGAAAAGAGGAACGCUACUACAGAAACCCAGCCACCGGAGAACAAGAAGAGUUUCCCUCACUGCAGGAUGAACCCACCCUGGAGCUGAGCGUUAUCGUUCCGGCCUUCGACGAGGAGAAACGAUUGCCGAAGAUGCUGGACGAGUGUUUCGAAUAUUUGGAGGAGCGUCGAAAAACGGACAAGGCUUUCAGCUACGAGGUAAUCGUUGUCAGCGACGGAAGCAGAGACGGCACGGUUGAUGUGGCCAUGAAAUACUGUGCCAAGAUCGGGGUGGAUAAAAUGCGGGUCCUAGCGCUGGUAGAAAAUCGCGGCAAGGGAGGUGCAGUUCGAAUGGGAAUGCUCAGUGCACGAGGAAGGAAUCUGCUGUUUGCCGAUGCUGAUGGUGCUACAAAGUUUGCCGAUUUUGGCAAGGUUGAAGUCAGUUUGAAGAAAUUGAGCAAAGGAAACCACAACCAGGAUGCAAUUUCGAUUGGAUCUCGUGCUCAUUUGGAGCAGGAAGCAACGGCACAAAGAACAUUUUUCCGAACCGUGUUGAUGCAUGGUUUCCACUUUCUGGUGUGGACGUUUGCCGUUAAGCGAAUUCGGGACACCCAAUGCGGUUUCAAACUUUUGACCCGGUCAGCAGCUCGGAAAGUAUUUGCAGUAAUGCACGUGGAGCGUUGGGCUUUCGACGUGGAGCUACUGUUUAUUGCACAAUCGUACAACAUUCCAAUCGAUGAGAUAGCGGUAAAUUGGACCGAGAUCGAGGGGUCCAAGUUGACACCGUUUUGGUCCUGGCUGCAGAUGGGUCGAGAUUUGAUCUUUAUUUGGUUCCGUUAUGCUAUUGGCGCUUGGCAACUGAAACGGGAACAUGUGAAUUGAAUCAGGGAUCUCAGCCAGCCAGUUUAUAUCGAUUUGCUUAGCCGUAGUUAGGAUAAGGAACCCAAAAAUCUGUAUCACUGCUUUUAUGUGAAAUAAAAAGUUCGAAGAAUACA